AUGGUGCUAAGCGUAGUGCUUCUGGCGAUGCUACUAGUUGCACCAGGAUUUACAAGCGAAACAAAACAGGCUGCGCGUGCGGAAGGUCUGGACUCUGGGAAAAAAGUGGUAUGCUAUGUGGGCACCUGGGCUGUCUAUCGGCACGGCAAUGGGCGCUUCGACAUCGAGCAUAUCGACCCGUUCCUGUGCACUCACCUGAUGUACGGGUUCUUCGGCAUCAACGAGGAUGCAACGGUGCGCGUAAUCGAUCCGUAUUUGGAUCUCGAGGAAAAUUGGGGCCGCGGGCAUAUCAAACGGUUUGUCGGGCUGAAAAACCUGUCACCGACGCUCAAAACGUUGGCAGCAAUUGGUGGCUGGAACGAAGGCUCCCGGAAGUUUUCCGCAAUGGCUGCCAGUGCCGCGUUGCGGAAGCGCUUCAUUUACGACUGUGUGGCGUUCUGUCAGCGGCACGGGUUCGAUGGAAUCGAUCUGGACUGGGAGUAUCCAGCGCAGCGUGACGGUAAUGCAGCAAUUGAUAAGGACAACCACGCACUGCUGGUGGAAGAGAUGAGAGUGGUGUUUGACCAGUAUGGAUUACUAUUGACGGCCGCGGUUGCAUCGGUAGAGUUUUCCGCCGGUGUAUCGUACGACAUACCGCGAAUAGUGAAGAGUUUUCACUUCCUAAAUGUCAUGGUAUACGAUAUGCAUGGUGCUUGGGAUAGCUACUGUGGUAUCAACGCACCGCUAUACCGUGGUCCGGCCGAUGUAACGACAACACAGCAACAGCUCAACGUUAACUCCAGCAUACAGUACUGGCUAUCGCAGGGUGCUCCGGCGGAAAAGCUAGUCCUGGGCAUUCCACUGUACGGACGAAGCUUUACGCUGGCUAACGCCGCCAACAGCCAGAUUGGGGCAGCUACUGUCAGUGGUGGUACCCCUGGCCCGUAUACAGGCGAGCCCGGCGUAAUGGGAUACAACGAGUUUUGCGAGAAGUUGCAAACAGAAUCAUGGGACCUGCGCUGGAGCGAAGAACAGCAGGCACCAUACGCGGUACGCAACAACCAGUGGUUAGGAUAUGAUAAUCUUCGAUCAGUGCAGUUGAAGAUGAAAUACCUGCUAGAUCUUGGACUGGGUGGUGCCAUGGUGUGGUCGCUUGAGACUGAUGACUUCCGCGGAUUGUGUGGUGGUGGAAAGUAUCCACUUAUGCAUGAGAUCCAUUCACUCGUAAAUGGCGGUACCCCAAGUCCAACCACUCCACCCCCAGUGCCUGCACCGUCCUCAACCAGCGCGACAAACACUGACAAUCCGGGUGGAAAUCCUGGUACAACGAAACCACCUUCGGAUGAUAACCCAUGUUCCGGUGGGAAGAUUGGCUUCGUACCAAAUCCGAACCAUUGUAACCGGUACUACAUGUGCCUCACUGAGGAUACGUACUUUGAAUUUACAUGCCCGGCAGGUACAUUGUUCGAUCCGAACCUCAAUGUGUGCAAUUGGGCCGAUCAGGUAAAGUGUACAAACGAAUGA